AUGGCUAUGGCAGCUGCCCCAAACUGGCGUUCAGUUUUUGUGUUCCUCACUGGAAACAUAAAGUACAGCACGCAAACAUACAACGUCCACUCGAAAUAAUUUGAAAAUUGUUUGAAAUAUCUCCAACGUUGGCUAUGCAUCUGGAAAGAAGUUAGAGAAUCGUCAAGCUAACUACUUAAAAUAUUUAGUUGAAAACGGUGAUGAUGAUGAUGUAUUAAUGAUGGUGAUGAUUAUGAUGGUAAUGAUUAUGAUCGUCGGGUGAUGAUGAUGAUGGUGGUGAUGAUGAUGGUGGUACGGUGAUGAUGGUAAUGAUGGUGGUGAUGAUGGUAAUGAUGGUAGUGAUGAUGGUGGUUAUGAUGGUGAUUAUGAUGGUUAUGAUGGUGGUGAUGAUGGUAAUGAUGGUGGUUAUGAUGGUAAUGAUGGUGGUGAUGAUGGUGGUUAUGAUGGUGAUUAUGAUGGUGAUUAUGAUGGUUAUGAUAGUGGUGAUGAUGGUAAUGAUGGUGGUGAUAAUGGUAAUGAUGGUGGUGAUGAUGGUAAUGAUGGUGGUGAUGAUGGUAAUGAUGGUGGUGAUGAUGGUCAUGGUGGUGGUGAUGAUGGUAAUGAUGGUGGUAGAUGA